CAUCCAUACGCUGUACAAAUAAGUAAUAACUUCAAUAAAUUCGAUUCGUUUUUUCUCUUGAUUUGCACUAAUUUCUCUGUGAUUUGAAGUAAAUCGUCAAAAAUGUUGUAUCAAAAACUAAUUUUGAGUAGUAAAAUUGGUUUACCGAAACUGAUGUCACUAAAUAUUCGUGCGAUGAGUGUGAAAUCAACGUUCUUACAAAUAGAUGAGCUCGGUGAACCGCACAAAGUAUUAAAGAAAUGUGAAACACAAUUGGAUUCACCAAAGGACAAUGAAAUUUUAGUAAAAAUGCUGGCAGCUCCAAUUAAUCCCGCCGUAAUUAAUAUCAUACAAGGAAAAUACGGUGAAAGUCCAAGUUUGCCAUUUAUUCCGGGAAAUGAAGCGGUCGCUGAAGUGUUGAAAUGUGGUCAAAAUGUGAAGAAUGUUCAAAUUGGCGAUAGAAUCAUUCCGAUUGGUGGUCAUGUCGGAACUUGGCGAACACAUGCCAUUUUCACCGGGCAAGACGUACUAAAAGUUCCAGAUAAUGUUGAUAAUGUGAAUGCAGCUACGAUUACGGUAAAUCCAGCAACCGCAUUUCGAAUGUUACGUGAUUUUGUUGACUUGAAACCAGGCGAUACUGUCAUUCAAAAUGGAGCUAACAGUGCGGUCGGCCAAGCCGUUAUUCAAUUAUGCAAAGUAUGGAAUUUACAAUCGGUAAAUGUGGUUCGAAAUAGACCAAAUAUUGACGAACUAAAAGCACAACUGAAAUCAUUGGGUGCCACAGAAGUAUUAACCGAAGAAGAGAUUCGAACAACUGCUCUGUUCAAGUCAAAACAAAUACCAUCACCGAAAUUGGGCUUCAACUGUGUUGGUGGCAAAAGUGCCACGAAUGUCAUGCGACAUUUAGCCAGCAAAGGAAUUCUUGUCACCUAUGGAGCAAUGUCACGGGAACCGCUUACCAUACCAAACUCAGCGCUGAUCUUCAAAGACAUUUCGUUUCGGGGUUUUUGGGUGUCAAAGUGGUCCAAAGAACAUACACUCGAAGAAAGACAACAAAUGUAUAACGAAUUGUUUGAACUUAUGGCUUCUGGAAAAUUCGCACCACCGGUUCAUCGGCUCAUUCCAUUAGAUGAAUACAAAGAGGCCAUGAUAGAAUUGGCCGAUGUGAAAGGAAUGAUUGGCGAAAAGAUUUUAUUUGAUUUCACAAAAUAGAUUAUAUUUUUUGAUGUAAAUAAGUUUGAUUCAAUGAAACGGUGAAAAUUUAUUGAAAAUAAAAAAAAUGUUAUGAAACGAAGAAAUAAAUUAUUUUUUCUCUAGGCACGUUCAAACUCGGUUCUCUUCAAAAUCAUAUGGACUUUACUCUGUUGAGAAAAAAAAGGACAAACCAAUAACUUUUUACGUUCUUAAAAAUUGUAGUAUCAAUUAUUGGAAAUAUCUUGUAAACUGGACAUAAAUAAAAU